AGCAGAUGUAUAUCAUCACAUGAGGGCUCUUUUUCACUUCUAAUUAUAGCUUAGUAUCUCAUAAUCUCAACCUUUUUAAAAAACGGUCUCAUAAUUAUGAUUUACCAAAGCAUUACUUUUUUGUCAGAGAUAAUCUUCUAAAGAAAGAGGGUUAUUUAAAAGUUGUGUCGCAUAUGCAGUCUUCUCUCAUAUACAAUGUAAAAGGAAAGUCUGAUUGAUUCUAUAAUAAAUCGAUUCAUCUGCAACUCUUUUUAUUUUCUCUGAUAUAGCAUUUGAAAGUCUGAUUCAUUCUUGUGAAUCAAUUCAUUUGGAUGAUUCGUGUAAAUGAACCGAUUAAAAAAUGAUUCACAAGCCCUGGUUUUGGCAUCUCUUAUCUAAAUGAUCUAUUCUAAAUAUAUGAUCUUAAAUACAUUUAACAUAUGAUCACUUGCAUCAUUUAAGGAUUAAAAAAAACAAACAUUUUAGUCAAAAAUUACUUCCAGCUUCCUUGUUCGUUUACAAUCUUUCUAACUUUUCAAAGUAAUACAUUGUUAUCAUAUCGGAAUAUAAGCAGAUGUAUGUUUUCACAUGAGGGCUCUAGUUACAUUUCUGUCUCAGUGCUUAUACACCCCCUUCAUCUCUCCCACGGACAUCUGUCAGCAAGCUCAGGUAUCAUUUUAGAGAGGGAGCGAGAGCCGAGAGAGACAGUUGGGUACAGCCCAAGGACCCCUGCCACUUCUGGUCUGUCUGGCCGAGGUCUAGCAUGGUGCUCCACAGGGCCAUUCAGGCCACUCAUGACGGGGAUACGGAGGCUCUGAGGGCCCUGCAUGAGUCCGGAUGUCUCACAGAUGCCCAGGGAGCUUCUCCCGUGCCCCACGCCGCCCGCUGCGGGCAACUGGACUGCCUGGAUUUUCUGGUGAAUGAAGGUUGUUUCCCCUGACACACUCGUAUGAAGAACGGCGCCACGGCCGCCCAUGAUGCUGCGGCCACCGGGCACGUGCGGGAGCUGCAGUGGCUGCUGAGACAGAAGAAGUGUGGGAUUGAGGAUCGUGAUGGCGAGGGAGCGACGGCCCUGCACCUGGCUGCCAGGUUUGGCCAUGCGGAGGCAGUACAGUGGCUGUUGUUUGAGGGAGGAAACACAGAGGCAGAGACGGUUUGUGGAGCUCGACCUGUCCAUUACGCUGCAGCCAGUGGAGAUCUCACUUCCCUCAAACUGCUCAUGUCCUACUCCCCAAGGUGUGUGGACUGCCACACAGGAACUGGGGCCACGCCACUGUAUUUGGCCUGUCAGGAGGGACAUCUGCAUGUGGUUGAAUACCUGGUGAAGGACUGCGGUGCAAACGUCCAUGUGCAGGCCAAAGAUGGCAUGAGUGUGUUGCAUGCAGCUGCCCACAAUGGACACUAUGCCCUGGUGGUUUGGCUGGCCUCCUUCACAGAUCUGGAUCUGUCCUGUCAGGAUAAGGAUGGAGCCACAGCACUGCACUUCGCCGCUUGCGAGGGCCACCAUCGCAUUGUGGAGUGUCUUUUACUCAUGGGAGCAGAAGUCCUGAAAGACCUCUGGGGUGGGACCCCCCUGCAUGAUGCAGCGGAGAAUGGAGAACUGGAGUGCUGCCGAGUGCUGCUGAAUAAUCACAUCAGUCCACUGGAGAGAGAUUCAGAUGGGUUUACUUCAGGGGAUCUGACAGAAUACAAUGGCUAUCAUGACUGUGCCAACUUCCUCCGUGAUGCCGAUGCUCAUCAGUCUGCAGAUAUUGUUCUCAUAGAGGAGGAAAGGACCUUGUUUAGCACAGCUGACCCACACCAGGAUAUUAAGGACCUGUCCUGUGAACUCGGACAUAGUGGCAGGAUGGAAAAUAUCAAGCAGCCGGUGAAUGAAGUCCCUCCCCAGCCUCGUCCCUCUCCAGCAUAUCUGGAUAACUCAUCCGCAUUACCGGCCUCCUCACAGGCUAAGAGAGCUGGAGCUGGAACCAUUCAGCACAUGCAAGUGGCCUCUACAGUUGUAACUUCAUUCAACAUGAGGAAACACCUUGAGGAAGAGGAGACAGUUUUGUCCCAUAAGUCCAUGAGGUCAAUGAGACAAGCAGGAAUCACAGCGGUCUUCACUGGACAAACAAUAAAUAAAGGACAGAAUGGAAUUGUUCCACUUGAAGCAUUGGAGGCAAAUCUUGUUGACAUUGAUUCUUUGAUCCCAACUCAUGACGAGAACGGGAGGCCCAUUGCUGAAUGGAAGAGGCAGGUUAUGGUGCGCAAGCUUCAGACUCAACUGCAGGAUGAAGAUAUCCACAGCAGAAAAGACAACAGUGACCAACACAUCGAGAUGGAUGGUUGGAGGUAUUCCCAAGCCCACAAUGUCAUUUUGGGCCCCUUUGCAGAACUGCUUACUGAAGAUGACCUGGUCUACUUGGAGGGACAGAUUGAAACUAUCUCCCUUCAGAAACAAUGCCAGGCCUAUGAACUAGAGCUUGCUCGACUGGCGGAGGAACUCAGGACCAUCCUUCCUGCUCCCAUCAUUAAUAUCACCGUCAACACCCAGUGUCAGCAGCUCCCAAACAUGGAAUCUCUGCAUCUUCCUGUGUGGUACAAUCGUAUCUCAAAUAUAGUAAAGAGCAUGUCACUGCUCCUGACAAACCUCUCAGAAACAAACAGUGAGGAUGGGAUCAGUAAGAUGCCAAACACAGAUCUGGCAUCGGUAUUCACAUACCAGCCAGAGAGGCAAAGUUCAAUCUGUCAGGGUCUGGCGUUCUCCCUCUCACCACCAGAGGUUGCCACUUCCCAUCCUACCGGACUCCUUCCCCUGAGGCGGCGGUGUUUUAAACACAUCAGACACAAGGCAGCAAAAACUACAUCAACAAAUCGUAAGGAGCAGCCAACUCAAAGCACUGACCUAAAUCACAUUAAUGACAGUGGCAUAAAGUGCCAAAAGGCACCAGGCAAAGAUGCAAAUAAAGUGAUGGAGACCACCUGCUUGCGAAAGAAGCGUAUCGUUGUCCUCUUUUUGAGCCACUGGAAAAGGUCUGCGUAUGCAAUAUCAAUGCGAGCCAAGAUGAAACAAGAGCUUGGCACUCUUACAGGAGAAGGAAUAACAGCGCCAGUCUCCGAGCCAGGAAACAGAUCACUGUAUCAUCUUUACAGGCAAAGAACCGCAAUAGAGAAGAUGCUUGACAACUGGAAACGCAUCGCCUCAGGGGUCCCAUCACGACAGAUCCGGAGCCUCCAAAGGAAGCACGUGACUUACUCGCCCGAGCAGUUCCUUCCUCGUGUGGACGGCGCUCCUGUUGCUUACGACAGCUUGACUCUUGACUUGUUCAUGCUUGGCUAUUUUCACAUUCUUGAGCAGGACCUCCCAGCUGAGGAGCGCAAGAUGAGGCACCUGCUAUGCUUUGAGGUGUUCGUGGGGAACUUUCCCUGGGAGACGGUCCGAGACUUCCACCGGGCUGUCCUCAGGGAGAUUGAGGCUGGGAGACGUGAGUGGAAAGAUGGUUUUGAGGACAUCAAAAUGCAAUACUUUGGGAAAAGAGAAAAUGGGAUAUCUAAGGAAUCCGUGAAGAAUUCUAAAGCCGUGCCACAGGUUAUCUUCGAGAAUACCGUAUCAAAUGAUGGAGGACAUCCCAGCAGAGAUGGAAGCAGUGAUUUCUCAAUAUUUAGUAAUUAUGAAAUUUGUAAAUAUAUUGAUCGCAGUUUCACCUUCUGGAAAGAGAAAGAAGCAGAGUUGUUUGAUUUUUGA